AUGUCGGCGCCGGCGGCGCAGGCCGUGGUGGCGCUGGCUCUCGCGGCCAUCCUGUCGACGCCGGCGCCCCAGGCGGACACCUUCUCCAACGUCCCGCCCACGCUCUCUGGGGGCGACGGGAAGCAGGAGCGGAUCAAGCACCCCAGGUCAGCCAAGGCGCUGCAGUGCACGACCAAGUGCGUCGGCACCUGCAUCCGCGGCGGCGGCGGCGCGCCCGGGGAGGGCCCGCUCAACGUCAGGAGGCCCCUCGUGGUGUUCAAGGACGGCUUCCGCAGCCGGCAGUAUUGGUGGGUACCUGCAGCUCCCUCUUCUUUCACAAACAGCGAGCUCAAGUCUGAUCAGUUUGUUGUUCUAUUAGCCUGA